AGGGCGUUGCACCGGGCCCACUUGUCGGCACUCCGCUGCAGCCCCAGAUCCCCUUCCGUCUCUACGCUUUCGCACGCCGCCGUCAUCUGCCGGGGCCCACUUGCCAGUCACAAAUUCUGCCCCGCAGCUCGAUCUCGCGGUCGCGUCCUCCGCGUCUCCGGCGAGGCUGCGCGCGGGCGGCAUCACGCCUUGCACUCGCCCGCGACGAGCGAGCGAGAGAGGGGGGAGGGGGGAGGGGGCGGAGAUGGACGCGGAGCUCUUGGAGCUGCAGCGGCAGCUGGAGGCGGCGCAGAGCGCCAAGUCCAGCGUGCGCCUGUCGGAGCGGAACGUGGUGGAGCUGGUGCAGAAGCUGCAGGAGCGCGGCAUCAUCGACUUCGACCUCCUCCACACCGUCUCCGGCAAGGAGUACAUCACAUCCGACCAUUUGAAGCAUGAAAUUAAGAUGGAGAUCAAGAAGAGAGGCCGUGCGUCUCUAGUUGACUUAUCAGAUACUCUAGGGGUGGAUCUUUACCAUGUUGAGAGGCAGUCACAGAAGGUCGUCUCGGAUGAUCCCACUCUAAUGCUGAUAAAUGGCGAGAUCAUGUCACAAUCUUACUGGGAUACAGUGACAGAAGAGAUAAACGAGAAGCUGCAGGAGCGCAGCCAGAUUGCCUUGGCAGAGAUUGCUGCCCAGCUUCAUAUUGGAUCAGAGCUUGUCAUCAGUAUCCUCGAGCCACGGCUUGGAACUAUUGUGAAAGGAAGGCUAGAAGGUGGACAGCUAUACACUCCAGCAUACGUCUCACGAAUUACUGCUAUGGUCCGUGGUGCUGCAAGGGGUAUAACAGUGCCGACAAAUUUGCCAUCUGUUUGGAACUCCUUGCAGCAACAGCUUCAUGAGAUGCAUGGUGCUAGUGGAGUUUCUGUGGAAGGUUCAUUCUUCCAAUCCAUUUUCAAUGGUUUGCUAAAAGAUGGUGCUGUACUGGGAUCAGUCCGUGCAGGAGGACAGUGGACACCAGCUGUUUUUGCCCAUGCCCAAAAGGAGAGUGUUGAUGCUUUUUUCUCACAGAACUCUUACAUUGGGUAUGAUGUGCUUCAGAAACUUGCAAUUCCUCAACCUAAACAGUUCUUGGAGGCCCGAUAUCCAGAUGGUAUUGCAUUGGAUGCUGUCUUUGUUCAUCCUUCUGUGGUUGAUAUGCUCGAUACUGCUGUCGGUGAUGCAAUUGAGAACGGACACUGGAUUGAUUCUCUUUCAGUUCUUCCAUCAUAUAUUAGUGGCCCUGAUGCAACCAAAAUUUUGUCUAUCUGUCCAUCUCUGCAGAAGGCUAUCAAGUCUUCUAAAGCAGUGGUAUUUGGAGAGUCAUGUGUCUUUAGUAACAUGUUUAUUAAGAGCAUUUUUGACCGACUUGAGAAAGAUAUGGACUCGUUUGGUAUUAGACAUAGUGUUGGUCAAGGAAGGCCUUUGAAUGCGAAUCUGGGUAGUGAGCACAAGACAGGAUGUGGUCAGUACUCGGACACAAAAGAUCUCGGUGAUAAUGACACUAGCAGUACUGGUGUUUCAUCAGACAGAGGGUCAAAGAAGAAAAGGGGGAAAGGGACAGGGUCUACCAAAGGUGGAUCACUUGAAAAGGAUGAUGACAAUGAAGAAAGUAUUCCUAUUAAGGGAAAGAAAUCUCAUAGGAAAAACAAGGAUGCUGGUGCAUCAGGCGAUGUAAAACAUGGUGGUAAAAAAGCGUCAGAGAAAAUAAAAGAGGAGAGUACAAACAUCUUCCCUGAUGAAUUGAUAGAGCAAAAGGUUUUGGCUGCCGCUCCAGAGUUAGAAGAGUUGGGAGGCUCUGAUGACUCGAAUGCCCCCCUUAAAUUGUUAUCUUCUCACCUGAGGCCAAUGCUUGUUGACUCAUGGACAAAGAAACGUAACACUAUGCUGUCUGGAAAUGCUGAAAGGAGGCGUCGCUUGCUUGAUAAUCUGCAGAAGCAGAUAGAUGAGGCUGUCCUGGAUAUGCAACUUUAUGAGAAAGCUUUGGAUGUAUUUGAGGAUGAUCCUUCUACUUCUGGUAUCCUACACAAGCAUCUGCUAAGAAGUAUGGGCACUCCAAUAGUUGACAAAGUUUUGAUUACAUUGGAUAAGGAUAGCAAAUUGAAGAAUGGAAUGGAGGUUGAGGAUAGCGAAGAUCAUGUCCAAUUGAGUACUGCUGACCGAAGCUCUCUGGCCAAGGAUCUUCCUGGUGCAUUGUCAUUGAAGGCUCAAGCUUUAAUCGAAGCACUGGAGGGAAAGAGAUUUGAUUCAUUUAUGGAUGCCUUAAGAGAUGUACUGGAGGAAAGUGGCUUGACAUUUAAGAAGCUUGAUAAAAGAUUAGAGAGAACAAUGCUGCAUUCCUAUCGCAAGGACUUGACAGCCCAAGUUUCAUCAGAGAACGAUCCUGUUUCCUUUCUUCCAAAAGUCGUUGCUUUACUUUUUCUGCAGGCAUAUAAUAAGGCUCUUCAGGCACCAGGAAGGGCUGUUGGUGCUGUUAUCACACUGCUGAAGGAUAAGCUGCCAGCUUCAACUUACAAGGUAUUGGCUGAUUAUCACAGCACUACAGUGAAACUUCUAGCACUACAAGCUGCUGCUACUGAUGAUGAAGAAGAUUGCACAUCAGACCGAACGCGGGAAAGGAAGGAAGAUCUGGAAGAAAGGCUGAUGCCAGAACUGAAAUCCCUGGUCCUCGGCACAAACAAAGAGUGAUCAGCAACAUCAUGUGCAUACUGAGCCAUCUCGGCGUACAUACACAUAGCUACCAUUAGCUGAAAACCCUAAUUUUCCUCUCUAUUUUGGCGCUCGUCUCUUGCAAUUUGCACCAUUUUAAAGCAAAAGAUAGCAGGGAAAAUAGGUUUUAUACUGAUUAUAAGAAUCCUACUAGUUUAUAGUACCGUUCGCAAUCCUACACACUGCAGGGUUUCUAGUGACAACAGAAUUAUCCUAUGGUGUAUAAUGUAUAACAUAGUGUAUGUUGAUACCAAAUUUAGUCGGCAGAUGAGAUCACUAAUUUUCCCACUUGAGUUCA